GAGGAGGUGUGAGGGAGACAGCCAGCAGUGAAGAUGACCGGGCAGACCGAUGUCGACAUACCAGAAACAGGAGCAAUUUUCACAUUUGGAAGGACCAGCUUUGCUAAUAAUGUUCCCAGCAAGUUCUGGCUGAAGAAUGACCAUCCAAAGAAAACGUCAUGUGGCGGAGAGCACUCUGCUGUUAUCACAGAAAAUGGGAGGUUGCUGAUGUUUGGUGGCAACACAUGGGGCCAGCUGGGGUUGAGAAUUAAGCCUAGUGCCAGGAAACCAACCUCUGUGAAAGCCUUGAAGUCUGAGAAGGUGAAGCUUGCAGCUUGUGGGAGAGACCACACAAUUGUUUGCACAUUUCAUGGCAGUGUAUACAGUGCAGGUAGCAACCAGGACGGGCAGCUGGGUUUAGGCCAUUGUGACAAGUCUACAUACUUUCACCUGCUCCGCCCCUUCUGCGACUGGGCACCAAUCAAAAUGCUUUCUGCAGGAUGCAACACCUCAGCCGCCUUAACAGAGGAUGGGAGGCUGUUCAUGUGGGGGGACAACUCUGUGGGUCAGAUUUCUUUUGGGGACGAGGGAUUUGCUGCAGAACCCAGAGAGGUCCACGUUGGAGAAGCAGUCAUAUGGGUGUCCUGUGGGUAUAAGCACUCAGCUUUUGUGACAGUUUAUGGUCGUCUCUACACGUUUGGUGAGAGUGCGAAUGGAAGACUCGGUCUUCAGGAGGAGCAGCUGGCCAAUCACAGAAUUCCUCAGCAGGUGCAGGGAGUCCUGGGUCAUGUCACCCGAGUGUGCUGUGGAGGAGAGCACACAGUGGUCCUCACAGAGAAGAACGUGUACACAUUCGGCAGAGGUCAGUACGGUCAGCUGGGCCACGGAACAUUUCUGUUUGAGGUUCAUUUGCCAAAAGCGCUGCAGCACUUUUGUAACAGCAAGGUCAGACACAUCACGUGUGGAGAGAACCACACAGCUGUGGUCACAGACAGCGGGCUGCUGUACACGUUUGGUGAUGGUCGUCAUGGAAAACUCGGGUUAGGGGAGGAAAACUUCAUCAACCAGUUCAGCCCGACACUCUGCACACGUUUUCUUCAAUACGCUGUUCAGUCAGUGUCGUGCGGCGGUCACCACAUGCUGGUCGUGGCUACACCCAGGCCAGCAGAGAGCCAAGAAGCGGUGCCAGAGAAGGAUGUCUUAAUCGCAGACUACUUUCUGGAGUCAAGUUUUACCAAAAUCAUCUUUAAAAACAAGUUCAUCAGUCCAACUCCACCAUCACCACUCUCAGCCCUCUCAGCCCGGGCACGCCACCGAGACAGAGUUCGUUCUGUGGAGUUGUUUGGGGAUAAGUUUCAGAGCCUCCCACGGCUUAACUCUGACUUUCUCAACACAUCUCGGCAAAGAUCCAGAAAUUCCCUAACUCUGAAAACCCUUUCAAAUGAUGCUACUACCCCUUCAUCAUCCCCUAAACCAAAAUCAGAGGUGACAGGAAGCCCACUUCUCUCCCCCAGAUCUCGAUCCAUAUCCCCUCAGAGUCCACUGUUAUCCUCUAAGGCAUCAACCCCACAUUCACAAUCAUCAUUCACGCUUCAAAGUAAAGCAUCCACGUCUGCUUCUUCUAAGUCUAAAUGCAAAAAGGUGCCCUCUCCUUUGCUUUUACCAAAGUCUAUAACAAAAUUAAACCCCAGCAGUCCUGUAGCUACUAAAAUGACUGCAAAGCCUAGACUAAACCGAGCAGCAGCCACUAAGAAGCCUCUAAGUAACAAAUUCUCAUCUCCUGUGCCACCUAAAGAGCCCUACACCCCGACUAGACCCCCCAGUAAUGUUUUCAUUAAAAAUCUAAAGGAGGAAGAACAUUCUGCCCCAACAAAAACAGGAAAUGUUAAGAGACAAAUAAUCACUGAAGAAGUGGAGGAGAAAGAAGUCUUUUCACCAUAUAUGGGAAAGAAAAAGGGCAGAGCUUUUAGACAUGCAGUAAAGGAAGAAGAACCAUUUGCACAACAGAUCCAGACUAACGAGAAGACCGACCGAAACUCCCCUAAGGUUUUGCCAACAGAGCUUAUGAAGGGCCCCAGCACCUUGAAGACAGAAGUGUCUCCUCUGAAGAGCACAAAGAAAAAUCACAAAGUGACUUCAAACAGCAAAGAGAACAUCACCAAGGAGUCCAGCAACAUCAAACCUUCAGAAAACAGAAAAACACCAUUGCAAGUUAAGGGAAAAUUGCAAGAGCUUAAACCAACACCAGUCAAGGAUCAAAGUAAAUGUGCAGAAAAUCCCCUCAUUGAAGGUGAAAGCAAAGAAAAGUGUGAGGAAAAUGAGUUAAAUUGUGCCAAAGACGCCACUCUGAAGAUGAAAGGUGGAACUGUGGAUGAGCAGAAAUUGUCAAAAAUAAAGGACAAAAAGACGGCAAAGGAAUCCGGUGCUGAACAGAGGGCAAAAACAAAACGAAGAGGAGGAGGCAAGGAAGAGGAAAUCAGAGUUAAAGGUGAGGGGGAUGUUGACUCUGAGAAUAAGAUGAAGGCUAAACCAAAGAGUGAAGCUUCCAGCCUGCCGUCAUCUCAGCAGGAUACACCUACAGAAGUGAGAGGUAACCCAAUUUCCCCUCAAAGCCCAGAGGUGGAUUCUCCUAGAGCUGCAAAACCCCUGCGAGGCGCUAAGCCUGUUGUUAUGGAUUCCCGUGUUUCUGAAACAGAUGAAGAGGACACUUGGGGCAAGAAUGGGGGAAAAACAAAUUGGGGAGAAAUUCUCAGUAAUUCAGCGUCACUUCUUCCAGUUGCUGGGAUUGCAGGUGCAGCUAUUGAGGUCCUUCGUGAGGCAGUGACAAGUGUGCAGUCUGACAGUGACAAAGCCACCUCGACACCCUCUAAAACGCUCAGUAAAGUCAGACAAUUCACGAAGCAGAGUGCAGUUACGGAGCCGUCCUUGUGCUCCACAUUGUCACAUUUUUCUUCCUCGAAUGAAACGGAGGAUGGCCUGAAGACAGAUGCUCAAGCUGGUGUUCCAUCGGAAUCUGUAAAUGAAUCCCAAGAAGUAGAAAAUGAUGACAGCAGUUGUGAUCCAUCAGAGGGGGAGGCAGUGAAAGGGGGCCUGUCUGAGCAUAUCAGGGGUGAACACAUGGAAGAUUCACAAAAAGAAGUGGAGGAGAAAUCCGACAAGGCAUCUGGAGAGGAUGAGGAUUCUGAGGAUGGGGGAAAGAAUGAAGAUGUCGAGAGUGGAAGUGACAGUGAAGAUAAAAGGGAAGAAUGUGAGAGUAGUAGUGACAAAGAAACAGGAGAGGAGAGCAAUACGGGAGAGGGAGAGGAAGAUAAUGUAUCUGAGGAAGAAGAGGGUGACGAGAAAACAAGCAGGAGUGAUGAAGAUGAAGGAAGUGAUAAAACUAAUGCUGCUGAAACUGAAGGAGAGGAAGAAAGCAGUAAGAAGACAAGUGAUGGAUUGAGUGACUCUGAUGGGAGUGAAGGAGCUGAGGAGGAAGAGGAGGAAGGUGAAAAUGAAGAGUCCAGUGAUGAAGAGAGUAAAGAGGAUAAAGAGAAGGAGAGUGAGGAUGAAGAGAAGAAAAGCGGUGAUGAAUCAGAGAGCGAUGAGAGCACGAACCGAGAGUCAGAGGGGGAGGAGGACGGAGAGGAAGGAGACACUGCAGAAUCUGCCAAAACUGAAGAAGAAGAAAAUGAUGAAGAUGAAGAGGGCGAAACUGAGGAACAAAAUGAUGCCUCCACAGAAAAUGAGGAUGAGGAGAAGGACUCGGUUGAAGAUGAAGAGGCAGAUAAGAGUGAAGGAGAGCAAGACAGUGAUAAGGGAGAGGAAGAAGAAGAUAGCGAGGCUGAUGAAGAGGAACUCCAAGAUGAAAAAAGUGAUGAAGAAGAAGAGGAAGAAGGAGGUGAGGAAAGGGAAGAAAGUGAGUCCGUAGGUGAUGGGGAAGCUGAGACAGAAGAUGGAGAGGAUGAGGACAAAGAAGAGAGUGAGGAGGAGGAAGAGUCUGCAGAAGAGGAAGAGGAAGAAGAGGAGGAGGAUACAGGGGACGAAGACAUAGAAGCUGAGGAAGAAGAGGAAGAGAAGGAGGAGGAUACAGGGGACGAAGAAACAGAAGCUGAGGAAGAGAAGGAGGAUACAGGGGAUGAAGAAGAAGAAGCUGAGGAAGAGAAUGAAAGGGAGGAGGAGGAGGGGGAGGAGGGGGAAGGUGAGGAGGAAGGGGAAGAAGAGGAAGAACAGCAAAAACAGACAAGGCUAAGAGGAAAAAGGAAAGACAUGAAAGGUAAUGAUGAGGAAACUGAUGAUGAAGAUGAGGAUAGUGAGGAAGAGGGUGAUGAAGAAGAAAGGGAUGAAGAGAAUAAGGAAAAGGGAAAUGAGAACCAGGAGGAGGAGGAGGCAGAAGAAGAGGGAAUUGAGGAAGAGGAAGAAGGAGAUGAAAAUGAAGAAGAGGAGGAGGAGAAUGAGGAAGAGGAGGACCAAGCAAAAUUAGCAAAGAAAAAAAAAGAGAAGCGACAGAAACCGCCACCAGACAGAAGCAGCAAACAGAAAGAAGCACCCAAACCAGCACCGAGGACCAGGCAGAGAGCUGCAGGGGGGGCGAAAGCUGAGGACUCUCAGCAGUUCUGGAACGAUGUCCUGCCUCAAUACCUAGACCUUCAGUGACCACGCCCACGGUGAAGCCACACCCACAGAAAUCUCAGCUAAACACGAGCUUCGUCUGAGUUAUUCUUUAUGCUCUGAAAACACAUAACAAGUGUGUCUAAGCACUUUUCAAAAACCCUUACACUGUCCAAGGCAGUCAAGCCAUUUAUACUGCAAUCUAAGUUUUGUCAAGAACUAUUUUCAUGUGCGUAUUGAUAUCCAUGUGGUGCUCUGUGUAGAACAACACUAAAGUGGUGUAUUUGGCACUACCUUUGUCAGGAUCCUGGGUCUCCUGAACCAGCGUUUUUAGUUCUUUGUGAUUUUUGUAUUUUGUACUCGUGUGAUUUA